GGCGAGUCAGCCGGUCGCCUCUUCCAUCUCAAAACUUAACGUGUUUAUAACUUUUUUUUUCAUACGGAACUUAAAACUUAUCAAUUGACAUGCAUUAGAAAUUUUGCAAUAUAUGCAUGAGGCGUGUCCUCGAUUAAUGCAAUAAAACAAUGACCACGAGGGGAAGUAGAUGAUCGAGGCCAACAAUGGAGGGAUGUUACAACGAUGAUGAGCCGUUCAUAUAUAGACUUAACGAUAACGGAACAGGACCGAGUCUGCUUGUCAAGAUAUGCGCAGAACGCGGAUGGCGUAUGUACCAGGGUUACAAUGGACACGAGGACAAGUGGAAUCUUUGGUGGCGAACAAGUGCCUUCCCUUCAGCGUGUUAUAAGGCACUUGGCGAUUGGCAGUUCAUGAAUCAUAUACCUAAAGGAGGGUCGAUAUGUCGAAAGGAUGGACUAUCCAGAUUACUUCGUUGUAUGAGGAGAAUUUAUGGUUCCAUAUAUGACUUCAGUCCGCCGUGCUACCACUUGCCGUUGGAGUAUGCGAAACUAGUAUCAGAGUUUUCCCGACUGCGGCGGAGCGAGGACGACACUGGUUCGAAUGUCGUGUGGAUUCAUAAACCAGUCGCGCAGAGCCAGGGCAGGGGGAUUUUUCUAUUUCGGAGUAUCUGCGAGAUGCGUUGUGGUAGUUCGGCUGUUGUGCAACGAUACAUCGAGCGGCCAUUACUGAUUGCUGGAUACAAGUUCGAUCUACGGCUUUACGUGUGUGUACCUGGAUAUCGGCCUCUGACAGCGUAUAUGUAUGCUGAAGGAUUAGCUAGAUUUGGGACAGACAAGUAUACAUUGACGGAUAUUCACAAUCCAUACAGACACCUGACCAAUUCAUCGUUGAAUAAAUCCGGACCAAGAUAUGCAGAGUGUAAAGAUAGAAUAGGUAGUGGUUGUAAGUGGACAUUAAAACAAGUGAGAAGGGCAUUAAUCGGGCGAUGGGGUGCGGCCGAGUGGUUGGUAUGGCAAAGAAUUAGAGCUCUGGUCACCUUAACCUUAUUUGCUCAAGCAGCCGGCACUCCUCCAGCCAGGAAUUGCUUCGAGUUUUAUGGAUUUGAUGUGCUUCUUGAUGACUCUUUAAAGCCUUGGCUAAUAGAGGUGAACCUGUCUCCGGCGCUGGGGGCGGACUGCGAGGCAGAUGUAACAGUAAAACAGCCAAUGCUCCAUGAACUUUUCGACCUGCUGGGAUUGCCGAUGAAACACACUGGACUUUCAUUGCUAAGAGGACAAAAUCAUAUGAACAUCACUAGUUAUUGUUCGGAGGAUGAGAGUGGGAUUCCUCGGCCUGCCCCAGUUCCAACGACAACUGUCAGACGCGGGACGCGGUGGAGACGUCGUCGAGCCAUGCCGAUACACUGUGUCACACUGCCGCCCAGUACAGCGGGAAGUGACACUGAAAAAGCUACGGAUACGAGUGAAACAACAAAGGAACUAAAUAUUGGACAGUUAUCCAUGUCAUCGCCGGAAAGUUCUGACAAUUCGGAUAUUCAGUCCACAUCGAGUAUGGCCAUAACAUCAGCAGAUUCGGUGGAUGAGUCAUGGAAAGGCGGGUACGCGACAGCGGCGAGUCGUAGACGUAUGUUGAGCGCCUGCUCUUGGGGGAAUGGAGUGCAGUGGCACCGCGCAACAGGAAGAGUAGGGCAAUGGGUGCGAAUAUUCCCACACACAGUGUCUGGCGACGAUCAAUUACCAACAGAAGAUGCACGCGAGAGUGUGGCCCAAGUGUCAAAGUUCAUUCGUGCGGCACGGGAGGUGGUACGCGAGGGUGGUCGCGAUAUUCGCGGCCCUCGAGACGCGGCCCGCGACGCUGCUUUCGAGGCCGCACUGUGCCAGAAACUGGAAUAUAAAAACAAUUUUGAAGUGUGGCUUCCACCAUUCUGAUGUGUUCAAUUAAUUAUCUUUAAGCGAUUAGUUAGUUAAUAAAUGCUUGCUCAAUUUAUUUGUACUGGAAUAUUU